AGUGGUUUCGACCGGAUCUUCAUGCUGACCUUCAUCAUCAGACCUCGUCGCCAGCUCCUCCCUCUCCUGUGUUCUGGACUCUGGAUACCUCGACUCUUAGUACUUGGUGUUCAACGCAGACCCAGAGCCAUGGCCAUCUCCACCUCCUCCUGGAAACUGCCCCUGGUGGCCGUGUGCCAGAUAACAUCGACACCAGACAAGCAGCAAAACUUUGAAACUUGUGCUGAACUGGUUCGUGAGGCUGCCAGACUGGGUGCCUGCAUGGCUUUCUUGCCUGAGGCAUUUGACUUCAUAGCACGGGACUCUGCAGAGACACUACACCUGUCUGAGCCACUGGGUGGAAACCUUUUGGGAAAAUAUACCCAGCUUGCCAGGGAAUGUGGACUCUGGCUGUCUUUGGGUGGUUUCCAUGAGCGUGGCCAAGACUGGGAGCAGACUCAGAAAAUCUACAAUUGUCAUGUGCUUCUUAACAGCAAGGGAUCAGUAGUGGCCACUUACAGGAAGACACAUCUGUGUGAUGUAGAGCUUCCAGGGCAGGGGCCCAUGCAAGAAAGCAACUCUACCAUGCCUGGGUGCAGUCUUGAGGCACCUGUCAGCACACCAGCCGGGAAGAUUGGUCUAGCUGUCUGCUAUGACAUGCGGUUCCCUGAACUCUCUCUGGCAUUGGCUCAGGCUGGUGCUGAAAUACUUACCUACCCUUCAGCUUUUGGAACUGUAACAGGCCCAGCCCAUUGGGAGCCCGCCGCCUCUUGAGGGUGACGUAGGGCAGCAGGUCAUGACGAGUGAUGAUGCGCAGCAGCUGCAGCACCUGGCGAAAGUUACUCUCAUCACAGCGGCCCUGGCGCUCCAGCGCCAAUAAGAAGUCACGUCCAUUUCGGAUGAGACCACGUUCGUGGUCAUCAAUGACAUCAACAAAGAGGAAGGAAAGAACGCGCACAUCUCUGUGUGUCAGGUGAGUGCCCACGAUGUCAAACAUGCGGUGCAGGCUAUACAGCCCAUGCUCCUGCUCACCAUGCUCUUCUGGCCACACCUGGCUUGCCUGCCGCUUUAAGCCCGCCAUGCUGGGGGCUCAGGUAUGCAGUGCUUUCCAGAAUCCCUGCUCAGCAGCUGCAAUCCCCACUAUACUGUAAAGAUAGAAAAGGAACCUGUGAGCCACUCAGUGACUUAUUCAUUCCUAUAUCCCAGUGCCUAACACAAUGCCUGACAGUGUGUAGUGCUAAAAGUGUAUCUAAAU